AUGAGAACAAUUCAUGUGUCCACCCUCUUCCAAUCUGUUCAUGCCAAGGAAAACUACCUACGUAUUCAGGAUGACUCAUUGAGCAAUGAGAAGGCAACCGUGGAUAUAACAACGGAUAAGAAUCUAAAGAGGCUUUUGGAGAUUGAAAAGGCGUUGUUGAAGAAGCCGGUGUCACGGGUGCAUUUGGAUACAGGAAUGUAUGAGAAAUCUGAGGGAGAGGUUACUUAUGAAGAAGAACUGAUUGAUUUUGCCAAAAGGCUCUCGGAAGCGAAGAAGCACAAUUGA